GCUGCUGAACUUGUAGAGGUCCUCUUGCGUCAUUAUCCAAUAGCUAUACAAGAGAACGAUAGACCCAAACAUUUCCAUCAUCUGCUCCACUUAUAUCACACGUACUUGAGACCUAGUCAGAAAUUUGAUGAGGAGCUUCAGUAUCAGGGGAAGACAGGUUAUUUUCAUGGUCUUCUACGUCGAUGGAAUGUGUCAGGUAAAUCGGUUGACCCUGACAAAAACCUAGAGCAGAUGGAGCGCUUGGAAACAGGUAAGCUUUUUAAGCGUUGGCGUCGAGCAGAAGAAUACCAUGAAGCGGGGGUUCAGUUCAUGCGUAGGGAGUAUGACGGACAAAGUAGGCAUUCUCUGCUGGACAUAAGGUUCAUCAAUGGAGUUAUGGAAAUUCCGUGUUUGCCAGUUGACGAGUCCAGUGAAUCGGUUUUCAAGAACCUGCUAGCACUGGAGCAAAUGGACUACAGGUUCGGCAACGACAUCAGUGCCUAUGUCACUUUCAUGUCCCAGAUCAUGGAUACGCCUGCUGAUGCCACGCUGCUGGUUGAGAAAGGCAUAAUUGUGCAUAUGUUGGAUAGUGACGAAGAGGUGUCAGCUCUAUUCACUAGACUCACCAAGCAAUUGACAAUUAGGUUUGAUUUAAAAUAUUACUUAAAACCUUUGUGCCACAAGUUGGAAGCCCACUACCAGAAUCGCUUGAAUAGAUGGAUAGCUUGGUUAUGGCAUAACCACUUUGUAAACCCGUGGUUGGCGUUGGCAGCGUUCGCUGCUGUAGUGGUGCUUGUCUGCACCAUCGUCCAGACCAUAUAUACUGUGUUGCCCUUUGUCAAACCUGCAUAAUGUAAUUUA